AUGGGGGCUCUCCCGGCGCUGCUGGGGGCCGCCUUGCUGUGGGCCGGCGCCGGGGCCCUCGUCAACCUCAAGUACUCGGUGGAGGAGGAGCAGCGGGCCGGCACUGUGAUCGCCAACGUCGCCAAGGACGCCCGGGACGCCGGUUUCGUGCUGGACCCCCGGCAGCCCGCUGCCUUCCGGGUGGUCUCCAACUCGGCCCCCCACCUGGUGGACAUCAGCCCCGGGUCGGGGCUGCUGGUGACCAAGCAGAAGAUCGACCGGGACCUGCUGUGCCGGCAGAGCCCCAAGUGCGUCAUCUCACUGGAGGUGAUGUCCAGCUCCAUGGAGAUCUGCGUGAUCAAGCUGGAGAUCAAGGACCUCAACGACAAUGCGCCCAGCUUCCCCACUGACCAGAUCGAGCUGGAGAUCUCGGAGACAGCCAGCCCUGGCACCCGGGUGCCACUGGAGAGUGCCUAUGACCCGGACUCGGGAAGCUUUGGUGUGCAGAGCUAUGAGAUCACCCCUAAUGACCUCUUUGGGCUGGAGACCAAGACACGAGGCGAUGGGUCCCGCUUUGCUGAGCUGGUGGUGGAGAAGAGCCUGGAUCGUGAAACCCAGUCCCACUACAGCUACGUGAUCACGGCACUGGAUGGUGGUGACCCGCCCAACUUCGGCACGGUGGAGCUCAGCAUCCGCGUCAUCGACUCCAAUGACAACAACCCGCUCUUCGAGGAGCCGGCCUACACCAUCAGCGUGCCUGAAAACGCCCCACUGGGUACACCGGUCAUCCGCCUCAAUGCCUCUGACCCGGAUGAGGGCACCAAUGGCCAGGUCCUCUACUCUUUCCAUAGCUAUGUCUCUGAGCGGGCCCGGGAGCUCUUCCAAAUCGACCCCCAGAGUGGCCUUAUCACAGUGAGCGGUGCCAUCGACUACGAGGAGGGUCACGUCUAUGAGCUGGAUGUGCAGGCCAAGGACUUGGGGCCUAACUCCAUCCCUGCUCAUUGCAAAGUAACCAUCAGCGUCCAGGAUGCCAAUGACAAUCCGCCCCUCAUCAACCUGCUCUCUGUCAACAGCGAGCUGGUGGAGGUGAGCGAGAACGCCCCGCCGGGGUACGUCAUCGCCCUGGUGCGGGUGUCGGACCGUGACUCUGGCGCCAACGGGCGGGUGCAGUGUAAGCUCCUGGGCAACGUGCCUUUCCGGCUCCAGGAGUACGAGAGCUUCUCCACCAUCCUGGUGGAUGGGCGGCUGGACCGGGAGCAGAGGGACCAGUACAACCUCACUAUUCAGGCCAAGGACAAUGGCGUCCCCUCCCUGCAGGCCACCAAGUCCUUCACUGUCAAGAUCACUGAUGAGAAUGACAACCAUCCCCACUUCUCCAAGCCCUAUUACCAGGUCAUUGUGCAGGAGAACAACACCCCAGGGGCCUACCUUCUCUCAGUGUCAGCCAGGGACCCCGACCUCGGCCUCAAUGGCAGUGUCUCCUACCAGAUUGUGCCCUCCCAAGUGAGAGACAUGCCUGUCUUCACCUAUGUCUCCAUCAACCCCAACUCUGGAGAUAUCUAUGCUUUGAGGUCCUUCAAUCACGAACAGACGAAGGCCUUUGAGUUCAAGGUCCUGGCAAAAGAUGGGGGUAAUCCCUCUCUGCAGAGCAAUGCCACUGUCAGGGUGAUUGUUCUGGAUGUCAAUGACAACACUCCUGUGAUCACAGCCCCACCGCUGGUCAACGGGACCGCAGAGGUGUACAUUCCCAGGAACGCUGGGGUCGGCUACCUGGUGACAGUGGUCAAGGCAGAUGACUAUGACGAGGGUGAAAAUGGCAGACUAUCCUACGAAAUGGUGGAAGGAGACAGAGGAUUUUUUGAGAUAGACCAGGUCAAUGGAGAGAUAAGGACCACCAGAGCCUUUGGGGAGAAUGCAAAGACAGCCUACGAGCUGAUCGUGGUGGCUCACGACCAUGGAAAAACAUCUCUCUCGGCUUCUGCCUUGAUUUUGAUAUACCUGUCUCCAGCCCUGGAUGCCCAGGAGUCCAUAGGAUCUGUUAAUCUCUCCCUGAUUUUCAUUAUUGCCCUGGGGUCUAUCGCAGCCAUUCUUUUUGUCACCAUGAUCUUCGUGGCAGUCAAGUGCAAAAGGGACAACAAGGAGAUCAGGACCUACAACUGCAGAAUCGCAGAAUACUCCUACGGGCAUCAAAAGAAAUCAAGCAAGAAGAAGAAAAUCAGCAAGAACGAUAUCCGCCUGGUACCGCGGGAUGUUGAAGAGACGGAUAAAAUGAACGUUGUGAGCUGCUCCUCCCUCACUUCAUCCCUCAACUACUUCGACUACCACCAGCAGACCCUGCCGCUGGGCUGCCGCCGCUCCGAGAGCACCUUCCUCAACGUGGAGAGCCAGAACAACAGGAACGCCGGCUCCAACCACAUUUACCAUCACACCUUCACGGGGCAGAGCCCCCAGCAGCCCGACCUCAUCAUCAACGGGAUGCCGCUGCCGGAGACUGAAAACUACUCCUUUGAUUCCAACUACGUGAACAGCAGAGCUCAUUUAAUAAAAAGCAGCUCCACAUUCAAGGACUUGGAGGGGAACAGUCUGAAGGACAGUGGCCACGAGGAGAGCGACCAGACGGACAGCGAGCACGACGUGCAGCGGGGCCUCUACUGUGACACAGCCGUCAACGACGUGCUGAAUACCAGCGUCCCCUCCAUGGGGUCCCAGGGCCCCGAGCAAGAUCAGAGCGAAGGAUUCCACUGCAGGGAGGAGUGCCGCAUCCUGGGCCACUCGGACAGGUGCUGGAUGCCCCGCGGUGCCGUCCCCAGCCGCGCCAAGUCCCCCGAGCACGGCAGGAACAUCAUCGCCCUCUCCAUCGAGGCGACGGCGGUGGACGCGGAGCCUUACGCAGACUGCAGCACAAAAAGGACCUUCGCCACCUUCGGCAAGGAGGGCGCUGAGCCCCUGGCUGACGAGCGGCUCGCCAACCCCAAAGGCAAAAGAACGGUGGACCCGGCCGCUGGCAGCCCCAAGGUGAGCGGUGCCGUCCGCGAGGCGGGCAACGGCUGCGAGGCCGUCAGCCCCGUCACCUCUCCCCUCCACCUGAAGAGCCCUCUGUCCGGCAAACCGGCAGCACCCUAUGGCACCGGGCACUGCGCCGGCAACCGGGAACGGGAGCCCUUUGGGAACAGUUGCCCUUCCCGGCCGAUGGAGGCAGAGCCCCGGGGGGCGGACAGCGAGAGCGGCGGGCAGGAGGGCAACCCGCUCCUGCAGGAGCGUCGGGAAAAGGACUCGCCUGGUGCUCGGAGACUAAAAGACAUCGUCCUCUGAGCGACACUUGGCAAGAGGAGGACGAGGAGGAGGAGGGACCGCACGACUCCCAGCGCAGAUUGUUUUUAUUGCUUACCAAUGGUUCACAGAUUGCUGUAUUUAAAAGCUUUCCCUAAAUGUAUUGUUUAUAAAUGAAGCUAUCGUUCGUGUGACAAUCCCACUUGUCUCAACAGGCGGCAGGGGUGUGCAGCCGGAGCAAAGUAGCUGGUUUUUGGUGUUUGCCAGGAGGUGGUGGGUGGCGGGGGCCAGAGGCAGGAGCCCCCCGGUCCUCAGGAGUGCUCAGUAUCCCCUCCCUGGAGUUUGUAUAUUUUUAUAUCUCAAAAAAUGAAGAUAAAUUUCCAUUCCUGGAAAUAACCGGAUGGUAAAUUCCUUAUUCGGACACCUUCAGUAAUCACCCUGGUGGUUUUGUAAUCUGGACAAAAUAGCGACCGUUUCUCGUGUGCGACUGUUCAAAAGGAGAGUCGGGCAAGUUUUAAUACUUGCCCAACAUGAGCCUCUUUGUAUUUUAAGACGUUGCUAUUUUGCUAUGGACACCCCUGCAUUUAUGAAUCCUUUUGCUGUCACAUGCUUACCUGUACUAUUACUGUAUUUGAUAUUGCAAAUUACUGUAUGUCUCGUGAUGGCAAAAGGCUUUCCAGCUUAAAAAAACAAAAGAAAAAAAAAAGAAAAAAAAAAAAAAAGAAAAAGGAAAAAAAUCACAAUCAUCUUACUUCAGCUUUGCGGAACCUGGAGUUUUUGGACCCGGUGGAGCAAGCGCUUCUUCCAGCCCCUACCAUCACUUGCAGCCUCUCUGGCUCUUGCAGGGCAGUGACAGGGCAUUACGGGAAGAUGUUUUGGGGAAAAUUCUGCCUGGAUUGCAAUUGUUGGAUGCACUGUGCUGAAAUUUUUCCCUUAUCCAUCUCUUUUGCAUAAUUUCAAGGCAAUGCAUGGAAAGGUUUUCCAGAAGUCGGUUGUCUUGUUUUUUUUUUUCCAGUGCCCAGAUUUAGAUAUCCCCCAUCUCCAAUCAUUUCCAAGUCACAGUGAUGGAAUUAUUUAAGAGAUCUAAAUUACCUUCUCAAUUAGACACACACUUCCAAGUCAGCAUUUCCCAAUCAUGAUUAUGCCAAGUAUGUGUGUGUGUGUCAUCAUGGCAUGGAUUUUAGACUGCUCUGAUUUCUUUCUAUCCCUGCAUCAUAAGGAAGUAUGAAAUGAGCAAUAGUGAUGUUAAUUUAGGGGCAGACAGGUGAUAUGUAACAACGCUACUAAUUCAAUUAAUGUGCCUUCUUAAUGGAGAAAAAAUUAAAGCAAUUCAUUAUUUUUUCUCAUAAUUAAGGACUUUUUUUUUGUGUGGGUACAAAUUUACUCAUAUAAAAUUGAUUUAAAAAUUGAGCUACUUGAAUAGCCAUUUUGUAGAAGGGAGAGAGGGAAGGGGUUUCACAGCUCUCUGCUCUCUUGCAGUGAUAAUUCCUCAGUGAGGUAUGAGUAAGGUAGGAGGAUUUCAGUUAGUGUAUUAUUAUUAUUAUUAACCCUUCAUCGUAAAGAUUUUCCUACCCUAAAUAAUGUUUCCUAGAAUUUAAAAUUUAUUAUGGAAGGGAAAAUAUAUAGCUCUUGCCAAUGUUUGCUGUACCAGCAAGUCGAAAUUAGUGGUUUCAAGAGAAAUAGUCUUUCUAGGUCUACAUAUCAUGAUCAAAUAUUUGUUAUUUUGAUUUAUUUAAAUUAAAAACAUCAACAAAAAAACAAGCUCCAGUCAUUAUUAUCCUCAAAAUAAAAUUAAGCUCCAGCCAUUUGUUUCUUCAGGGCAAAUUGAUCCUGCCUGAAGCCAUAGCUGGUCCAAGACAGAUCUGCAGUCAGUUUGUUCCCCCUGCCACUUGCUAGGGCCAGGAAUUAUGAAAGAACCAACAAAAAAAUGGUCGUCUAAUGAAACUGGUGAUGCUUCCCUUGCUGGUGUUGAUGACUACCUCAUUCAGCUCCCAUCCCAGCGGUAACAUGAUGUCCUACAUCCCUCUGGAAGGCAAACUGGGGAUUUUCCCCUCUCCUGGAGUAUAAGCCCAUUUUCAGGGAUAUGUUAUGUCUGUUCCAGUGGUUGUUUCCUGCCUGCGUACUGUUACUGCUGUAAUUUAUUUCUGGUUUUGGUUUGGUUUGUUGUUUUUGUUUUUGCUUUUUCCCAAAAUGUGUGUAUUAUUGUAAUGCAAGCAAAGAAGAAAGCAGCUGGCUUGGGGCUGUUGGAGUUGUGUAGCUGUUAGGCUUGGUUUAUUCUGAUGUUACCUCUUUGUCAGCUCUGGGGGUUUUUUUGGGGGAAAACUUUUUUUUUUGCUGAGUGACAGCACCUGCAAUGCCCCAUCUGUCAGAUCCUCCUGGCUUUGCAGGGCAAUGAACCCACAUCACCCCCCAUCAUCCACCCCCACCUCCAGUCGGAUGGGACCCAUCUCCCCCCACUGCCCAUCAAGGGGAUGGGGACUGGAGGUCCCCCCCACUGGCCCUGGGCAUCCCAUCAUCAUCCCCAGCCACCCAGAAAGUGCCAGCCCUUAAUUUCUGCUGAGCGUUGCCCUCUGCCUGCGGAGCUGCCACCACCAGCCUGGUGUUUUGGAUGAAAAAUAGAUGCUAACUGAAAAGGAGGAAAGAAAAAAAAAAAGUAAAAAAAAAAGAGAAAGAAACAUUUCUCUAAUUUACCCAGAGGAAACGUUCCUUGCCACUCUGAAUAAAAGUGCAGCCAAGAAGGCAUGUGAAAUAAUUCUGUAUUAAAAAGGAGCAUUAAAGAGGUCAGUAGACCCUUAUGCUUCCAAGAAAAUCCUUUAAACACCAGUUUUCUGGGCUGACCUGGGCUGCAGGCAGGGAUGCUGAGUGAGAGGCCCUUCCCUGGCAUGUCCUCGCUGCACAGGGCUGAGGGGAGAGCCAGAGAGUGGCCCCCACUUACCUGCUCGUCCCUCUCCUGAAUAUUUUGUUACUCCUGUCACUGUCCCUCCGUGUCAUUUGAGAUGAGUUCAGGGCUCCUGGGCAGAUUGCUUUUUUUUCCUGGUUGCAUUAAAAAUGGCCAUACAAAAAUAUGUUCAAGGUUGCAGGGCAGGUGAGUUGGUUUUGGUUUUGGUUUUUGGUUGUGGUGUUGUUGUUUUUUUUUGGUGGGGGGUCCAGAUGUAAUUAUCACACUCUUUAAAAACUUAAACCUGUGCUCAGAUGUGGUUUAGGAAAAAUCGCUGGAGUCUAUUGAUUUCCUGCAGGCAAGCUUGCUCUGCUCCCCUGUUUAUCCCCUGUUUAUCCAGGGAGCAGCAACCACCUAUGGUUCUCCCUGGAUGAGGACUCCAUCUGGAACAGCCCCGGGGCUGAGGACCAGGGUGAGGGGGGUGAACCCACCCUGUGCCAGCCCAGGACCCUUCCUGGCUCCCCAGGAGCCCUUGGCCUCUCCCACCCUCGAGGCUGCAGGGCUGUGCCAGGGGCACUGAGGGGGACAACUGAUGGCUAGAAAAACACCCCGAGUGCCGUCCUGCCGAGGUUGUUGCCAUUCCCUGUUUGUCGUGAAGCUGGAGGUGACCUGUGGAUGACACGUUGUGCAGAAGUGAAUUCCUUUUUGUUUCUUUCCAAACGGGAAACGAGUUGCUUUUGUAAAGAACACACUGUCUGAUGAAUAUGUUGAAAUUAUUCUUGGGGGGGGUGGGAAAAAAACAUAAUUAUGAAUGGAAACACAUUUGUCUAUCAUUGGGGAAGACUGAUGAUCUUGUUGCUACAGCUGCUUUUGCAGCAAUGGGUAAUACCAGAUCCAACCUGUGAGCUGUGGUUCCUGUUGGGGAGAAGCCCAGCUGACCCCGCCGCCAGCACCGCGGAGACGGAUCCUUUAUCGCCAUCAGCUGAUGUUCAGCUGAAAUAAGCUGGGAUGUAAUCUCCAAACACGCCUAAGGCAAACUGGUUUUCAGCCUUGCAGGGGUGACAGGUACGAGCCACGGGUCUCACACGGCAGCGCCGGCACCACCUGGACCUGGGAAGAGCUGGUGGUGACACCGGGGCUGCUCCCCCGCCAGCAGCGGGCAGGGCGGCCGCCGGCCUGCGCGGUACGUCUCGUCAUGGUGUCUCCCUUGCUGAGUAUCUGAAGAAUAAAUUGUUGUAUAUGCUGAUCUGUAUGCUAUGUACAUUUUCACAGUGAUUGAAUCAUUGUAAACAAGAAAAUGGAAAAAAAAAAAUAAAAAUCACCGUUCUGUCUAUUUUAUGAAGAUGAUAAAGCAGCUUUAUUAAAUUAUUACGAUUCUGUUUCAAAAUGGUGUACCUGCCACUAUGGGUUUUUUUCAUCUGAUGAGAACGGUUUUUUUCCACCUAAAUGUGAUUUUUUUCUUUUCUCUGCUUUGAGCAUCUAAUGCAUUUUAGUAUUAAAGCAAUUAUUGAAUAAAAUGGAAAUUAAGUGUUUGGUUAAA